UGUCAGCCAGUCUUACAGCUAAUUAGCUCAGCAUACAACAAAGAUAAGCAAGUCAGGGAGGAGGACCCCCUGAGGGUCUUUAGAUUCUGGGCUAGGUCUGAUUGGCAGAUGUUAAAAGAGAUUUCUCAGUAAUCCACUGCAUCAAUGUACUACACAGAUUCAGCUGAGAAGGGGAAUAAGCCAGGCAUGUGGAGACUUUCUCAGUGGAGCCUGCAGGAUUCUCAAGAAGGAUGGAGAGAAAUCUGGACUCCCUGCAGCUUCUAGUUACCCAGGUGUUACCCCAGAGCGACCCAGCCAUGGUGUUCAGAGACUUGAACGUGGUAGCUUUGCUACAGGAAUUCUGGGAAGGCAAAGAGAAGAGGAAGGCGGUAUUCCCAAGUGAAAGUUUGGUGGUCUAUGAAUCUGUACCCUCCCCAGAUCCUCCGUUUGUAUGCUACGUUACUCUACCUGGCGGGAGCUGCUUUGGUAACUUUCAGUGCUGUUCCAGUCGAGCAGAAGCGCGGAGAGAUGCAGCAAAAGUUGCCUUGAUCAAUUCACUCUUUAACGAGUUGCCGACUCGCAAGAUAACAAAAGAUUUCAUCAUCGCAAGUGUUCAGGAGGCCGUCACAUCCACAAGUGGAAAUGCUAAUGAUGCUGAUGACCCAAGUACCAGUAUUGGAGCCUACCAUUAUAUGUUGGAGAAUAACAUUGGAAAAACAAUGUUAGAAUUUCAGGAACUGAUGACAGUUUUUCAACUGCUGCACUGGAACGGAAGUCUUAAAGCUCUCCGAGAAACAAAGUGCUCCCGUCAGGAAGUGAUUGCCUACUACUCCCAGUACUCUUUAGAUGAACGAAUGAGAAGUCACAUGGCACUGGAUUGGAUAAUGAAAGAAGAAGAGACGCCAGGUGUAAUAUCUCAAGAGCUCCAGCUUGUUUUGAGAGAGCUCGAGGAAUCCAGAAAAGCAGGAAGAGAGCUCCGGUUUUACAAAGAGAAGAAAGAGAUAUUGAGUUUAGCUCUCAGCCACAUCUACAGUGACUGCAUUGCUUCAUCUCCCCAUUCUGAUCACAUGAACUUCAUUUUAAAUGGUUACCACUAACAGACCUGCUCUUUCAAGUAAAAUUAGCCACGCUCUGAAUAAAACCAUUCCCUGUAAAUACGUAUUCCUACGGCCACCCAGGUUACACCACGCGUUUCCCUUUACAUUCUUUUCUUUGAAGUGUAUUUUACGAAGUGUAGUUUGAUUACCCUAUUUUUUUACUGUCUUUUUUUUUCUACCGUUCAUCUUAAUCAUUUAGAAAUCUAUGCCUGUCUUUUUGUAGUUUGUCUUUCUGUGUAUAUAUCUAUGUAUAUAAAUAUAUUUCAGUGGGCAGAUGGUGUUUUCAGUGGUCCCAUAUUGCACAGUGAAUGACAACACACUUUGCGGUAAAGAACAGAAUACAUUUUGUGAUUGACACUGUGCAGUGCAGGCCCACUUUUCUCAGAGCAUCAUGGGAUUUGCACGUCCUGUCCUGUCUGAUAUUAGUGGGGGUUACAGUCCAGGGUCAGCAGACCUUGUCUUAAAAUUCAUAUUCUGGCUGCAGUGACAAAAGGAAGUAUGAUUCUGCCUCUCACUAAAGGGAAAGGGGCUGAAUUCAUUGUGUAACUCCCACCAAUCUUGGACAGACUAAUGCAUGUAUAGUUAAAUGCUUUCCUAAGAUUAAAGGAAUCCUAGCCCCUAUCCUUAACCCAAACCCUAGCUAUAAUGUUAACCCUAAUCCUGAUGGUAACUCUCAAGUUUGUAGUAUGGGAAA